GUGGAGAGGAGGUGCAACGGGUGUUCGCGCAUCGUCUACGCACGGCCGCCGAGAUUGCGCACGAAAAAAGAAAAUCACCGAAAUCCGAAUCAUCGUACCUCACUUGACACUUUUACCGUCGACCGACCGAAAUCGCUCGAACGGACAACGGUCCACACGUUUACACCGCGAUUCCUCGUUUUUUUAUUAAUCAGUUAUUAACUGUUAUUAUUGCUAUUACUGUUAUUAUUAUUUUUUUUUUUGUUAUUAUUUCGUUUUUCGUUUCCCCGGGACGGCGAUACCCGUGAUAAGUCAAAUAUUUUUUCCCGGUACUGGGCGCUGAUAAUUUUGACGUCGUGUGCACCGUUUUUUAACGACUCGCAAGGUUCGUAUAAAAAUUUUAAUCUCGCCUAGCUACGGUCCUCUUCUUUGCUGCCCGUCCUACGGUUUCCGAAACCGCAUUUUAAUUUCCACGUAAUCCGCGUAAAUCAAUCGCGCUUUUUAACCUCGUCGACGAUCGACAGAACACACCGUCCAUCCAUAAAUAUAUUUUCUGUUAGAAUGGCUGGUAAAAAGAAGGCACCAACUAAAGCAGUAGCUAAAAACACAACAAAAACCAAUGCUGAACAGACUGAUGUUCCAAGUGAUGUAACCGAAUUAAAUGGAGAACCAAUAGAAGUAAACGGUGUAACUGGUGUAGAAGAACUUGCAGAACCAGAUGUGAUAUCAAAAACCAAUGGUAAGCAAGUAGUUAAAACAAAAAAAAGCAAAGGUCAAAAAAAUAAUGUUGAAGUUGAAGUUUCUGAUGAUAAACUGAUUACAGUAAAAUCAAAACGAAAUAAUCAAUCAAAUGGAGAUGAGAAACAAUCUACAAGCAAUCCUAAAAAAUCUAUUUCAACUAAUGGUACUGCUCGAACUAAACGUAAACAAGAACCUGAAAACCUGCCACAGUCUACAAGUUCUAAAAGAUCGAAAAGAAAAUCGCUUGAAGAACAAGCUAUUGAAGUUAAGAGAAAAAAGACUGAAAAAACAUCAGAUAAAAUUGCCAUUGAUAACCGAAUUGAAACACCUGGUAUUAUGAUGAUCAAGGGGCGAGAUAUAGUGAUAGCUGGAUUAUUUGGUUUAGGCCCUGAUCGUGAACAACUUACCAAUCUUACUGAAUUGAAGAAUUACAAAUUUAAACUUAUUGCUGCUGGAAGUAUGCAUGUCUUAGGUGUCACUGAAGAUGGAAAACUCAUGUCGUGGGGUUGUAACGAUGAAGGUGCAUUAGGUCGAGAUACUUCAGUUGAAGACAGUGAAACUAGACCUGGAGUUGUACAAAUUCCUGAAGAAGAAGGUGCAGAAAUAUAUAGUAUAUCUGCUGGUGGUUCUCAUUCUGCAAUACUUCUUAGCAAUGGAAAUGUAUAUAGUUGGGGCACAUUUAGAGACAAAAAUGGAGAUAUGGGAUUUCAUCCAGACGGAAAGAAACAAUUGACGCCUAAGUUAAUCAUGAGCAAUGUGAAAAAAAUUGCUUCUGGUAUUAAUCAUCUAGUCAUGUUGUCUAAAAACAAAGUUUACACAAUGGGAUGCGGAGAUGAAGGACAGCUUGGUAGAAUAUGUCAAAGGCAUUCCAAUAGAGAUUCACGUGUUGGAAAACAGCUACUUUUAAAUCCUCAACUGUUAAAUUUACGCAAAAAAGUUGAUGAUAUCUGGGCUAAUUAUGAUACUACAUUUUUACGUUUAUCAGACUCUUCAAUUUACUCUUUUGGUCUGAAUGCUCAUGGCCAAUUAGGUGUUGAAAAUGAUGAUAAAUGUGUGUACUUCCCACAAAUGUCAGAAUCUUUAAGUCGUCUCAAAAUUAAGUCAAUAUCAGCUGGAACGCAGCAUGUUACUUUACUUGAUGAACAAGGUGCCGUGUAUGUAUUAGGCGAUUAUAAGGAUGGCCGUUUGGGAAUGGAUAUAGCAGAAAACCAAAAGGUUCCCAAAGUGUUAUCGUCAUUGCCACAAAUUAAACUCGCAACUUGUGGUUCGGAUAACAGUUUUGUUGUUACUGAAAAUAAUAAAUUGAUGGCUUGGGGUAUUGGUUUUGAAGAAAAAGAUGACAAUGAUGUUAUUUAUUAUAUACCAACCGAUGUUGAUGCAGCCAACAGAAUAGAUCAGAAAACAAUAGUUCAGGCAACUUCUUCAGAUUCAGCUGUAUUUUUGCUGUUACAAGAUUAACUUGUCAACAUUUAAUAUUUUUAUGAUUAUUAUUUUUUUUCUUGAUAACUUAUGUUUUCGUUCUAAGUUAGAAAAUUCUCUUUGAUAUCCGUUCUGUUAUAUCAAUUUUUAUGUAUUUUGAAAUGCUAACUUGAACAAAAUCAUUUAUUCAUUCCUCAACAGUAUUUUUUUUUUGACAGGAUAAACUUACUUUAAAUACAUUUA